UCGUGCCUCUUGGAAUCGACAUGUCACUUGAAAAUGCACCAGUUUCAAAAGGCCUGAUGAUAGGCAUCGCCUUGACAUCCAUAGCAGUGGGCAUCUUCGAUGUCAAGCAUUACAUGCACCUUCAGAUCGUGCCGCACAUUUCUAAAUACCAUCAGUAUUGGCGGCUGUUCGCUCAUCACGUCGCAUGCGCAAAUUCCAGCGACCUCUUCUUGAUUGAACUGCUCCUGUACAACGUCGGCGUCCAAAUUGAGCGGUCGUUUGGAAGCGCCAAAUUUUCAUCCUUCAUUGUCGUGGCGAUGCUCACGUCGACAAUCACGACAUUUCUGUCUCUUCUGGUUCUCCAGGCAUCCCGUACUACCGGCGCAAUUUUCAAUGACAUCCCAUCGGGUCCAAUUGCUAUGAUGUUCAGCAUCCUGUAUCAGUAUGCACGCCUCGUACCUCAAGCAUACCAAAUGAAGAUAUUCGGCGUUGAUCUUAGUGACAAAAUAUGGGUGUACUUGGUGGCAGGACAGCUUGCUAUUACACGCUUUCCAGCAAGUCUGUUGCCUACAGCGCUCGGCCUCCUGUCCGGUUAUCUAUAUAGAUCGGACUUUUUGCAGCUGAAGAGCUGGCGGAUACCUCAUCGAGUCCAAACAUUUGCCCAAAAGUGGAUCGCUCCGUUACUGGGUGAGGAACGGCCAAUCAGACGGAGCAACCGUGUCCUGCCUGAGUCCAGAUCUCGCCGCCGGACAGACCGGCCAACGCUCGGUGAGGACGAGGUCGUCACGACGGCUCGCCGACCGCGCGCUCCAACAAAUCCUGCAGAGUCCUUCAGAGCGCGGGGAGCAUCCGCAGCACAGCGAGAGUCUGACAUCCAGAUGUUGAUGAGCAUGUUCCCAGGUGUCACGCGGGAGGUGGUUACCGAUGUAUUGCAGCGGAGUCCUACCGUUGAGGCAGCGGCUGCAAUUCUCUUUAGUUCACAGACCUAGUUCCGUCUGCCCAUCUGUGUAUCUCGAUUCCUGUUACAGCGAUCGGCACAUUCCGUCUAGAGGCCAAAGGUUUCAACUCGCCAUGACAGGCCAGAUUGGAGGAGGUGACGUUGAUAUCGGAGGCCAAUAUAUUGGCUUGCAAUCUCACAUGCCACGCCUGUCGCAGUCACUACGCUAUCACCUUGCAUGUAUGCGCUUUAUCUGGCAACGAUCAUGUCACGUCGAGCUGAAAUGCGAUCAUAUUUACCCCUGGCUUUCGGUGUAUUGCAAGACAAGUUUCCGAAUUCAUGGUCCGGUCUUACCGGCCGCCACUCACUACCUAGCGGCAAGGCGGGUACUUCACGUACCGCAGUCAAAGGAGAUGUAAAUCCGAC